AUGGAGGCCGAGAUCAAGGCCGCAAUCCCUAACAUCGACCCCGUCGUCUCGGAGUACUCGGUGGGCUACCUCAACCAUGCCUCGCUGGCCUGGUCGGACGAUAGUGGUGAAGGCGCCGUCUCGCCCCUCGCCGAAGCUGCGUAUACCAUCACCGAGCUGCUAAUUUCUGCUGCUGAGAAAUCCGACAACACCUUCCAGGAAAAGAUCAAGGCCCUUGUCGAGAAAUGGGUAGAAAAGUAUGCCGUCAUCAACGGCGGCGAGCGCCACGGACCGCUAGCCAUUCGCCGCCUGGACCAGACCAUUCAGGUCAGCACACAGCGCAACAUGUCCUCAACACUGGCCGUCGCCAGCGGUGGCGUCGAUCUAGAGUCUGCCAACGUCCGAAAAGUCGAGUCCAAGGUCGACCGCAAGAAGCUCGAAAAGGCCGAGCGCAAGAUUGCCGCAAAGCAACAGAAGAAGCAAUACAAGAAUGUCGAGUACGAGGCCUCGAGGCUGCUCGACCUGGCCGACCCUGCGCAGUCAUACGAGGAGUUCUACAUGGCAGUCAACCCGCUUCAGAUUGGCAACACCGGCGCCAACAAGACCAAGGAUAUCAAACUCGACAACAUCGACGUCUCCAUUGGCGCACAACGCAUCCUUACCGACACCACCCUUACACUUGCCUACGGUCACCGUUAUGGUCUGGUUGGUAACAACGGUGUUGGUAAAUCUACACUCUUGAGAGCCUUGUCAAGGCGUGAAGUCGCCAUCCCCACGCAUAUUUCAAUUCUCCACGUCGAGCAAGAACUCACUGGUGAUGACACACCAGCCAUUCAAGCUGUCCUCGACGCCGACGUUUGGCGCAAGGUACUGAUGAGAGAGCAGGAGGAGCUCACGACGGCCCUGGCGGAGCUGGAAAAGAAGCGUGCGCCGCUCGCCGAUACUUCGGCAGAUGCUGCCAAACUGGAUCGCGAAAAGGAAACUAUGGACACCAAGCUUGGUGACGUUCAAGGCAAACUCGCUGAGAUGGAAUCCGACAAGGCCGAGUCCCGAGCUGCCAGUAUUCUGGCCGGUCUCGGUUUUUCCCCCGAGCGUCAGCAGUUUGCUACCAAGACCUUCUCCGGUGGUUGGCGUAUGCGUCUGGCCCUCGCCCGAGCCCUGUUCUGCGAGCCCGACCUGCUUCUUCUUGACGAACCGUCCAACAUGUUGGACGUCCCCUCCAUUACCUUCCUUUCCGGAUACCUCCAAUCCUACCCCAGCACAGUCCUUGUCGUCUCCCACGACAGAGCAUUCCUCAACGAAGUCGCCACCGAUAUCGUCCACCAGCACUCUGAGCGUCUUGACUACUACAGAGGAGCCAACUUUGACUCCUUCUAUGCCACUCGCGAAGAGCGCAAGAAGAUUGCAAAGAAGGAAUACGAGAACCAGAUGGCGUACCGUGCGCAUCUGCAGUCCUUCAUCGACAAGUUCCGAUACAACGCUGCCAAGUCAUCCGAGGCCCAAUCUCGUAUCAAGAAACUCGAGAAGCUUCCCGUGCUGGAGGCGCCGGAGGCCGAGUAUAGCGUCAAAUUUGUGUUCCCUGACGUGGAGAAGCUGUCACCGCCCAUUAUUCAAAUGUCCGAGGUUACUUUCGGUUACUCGAAAGACAAUAUCCUGCUUCGAAACGUGGAUCUUGACGUUCAGCUUGACUCUCGUAUUGGUAUUGUCGGGCCCAACGGUGCUGGUAAGACCACUGUGCUGAAGCUGCUCAUUGGCAAGCUGCAGGCGCUGGGUGGUCUUAUCUCGGCCAACUCGCGCCUGCGCAUUGGCUUCUUUGCGCAGCAUCACAUUGAUGCCCUGGACCUCACGGUCAGCGCCGUCUCCUUUAUGGCCAAGACGUACCCCGGCAGGUCGGACGAGGAGUACCGCCGCCAGCUGGGCGCGUUUGGUAUCACCGGAACGACAGGUCUGCAAAAGAUGGCUCAACUUUCUGGAGGUCAAAAGUCGAGAGUGGCGUUUGCUUGUCUGGCACUCACGAACCCCCACAUUCUUGUCCUUGACGAGCCUUCUAACCAUCUUGAUAUCGAGGCCAUGGACGCGCUGGCGGAGGCGCUCAAUGCCUUCCAAGGUGGCGUGCUCAUGGUUUCCCACGACGUGACAAUGCUGCAAAUGGUAUGCACGUCGCUGUGGGUAUGUGAUGGUGGCACAGUAGAGAAGUUUGACGGCGACGUGAACCAGUAUAAGAAGAGAAUUGCAUCACAGGCCGAUGCGGCGGGUGUUGUUAAGCAGCACUGA